AUGGCUGGCAAGCCAUCACCUAUACCAGUGGAUCAGAGUAUUGAACUCUUCUAUGAUCUGAAAAAACCACUUAUUGAUGAUCCAAGUGUUUAUCGAAGGCUGGUUGGACAACUAAUGUACCUCACCAUUACACGUCCGGAUAUAACUUUUGAUGUGAACAAGCUUUGUCAGUUUGCUAUGAAUCCACAGAAUAUUCAUCUUCAAGUUGCAUACAAUGUGGUUCAUUACCUCAAAGGAACUAUUGGUCUUGGCCUAUUCUAUUCUGAAGACUCUGAUCUGAUUCUCAAAACAUACAAUGAUGCAGAUUGGAGAUCUUGCUUAGAUACAAGACGUUCUACAUCCGGGUUAUGUAUGUUUCUUGGUUCAGCUCUCUUCUCAUGGAAAUCUAAGAAGCAAGACGUUGUCUCUCAUUCCUCAGCUGAAUCAGAGUAUAAAGCAAUAUAA